AUGGCAAGAUGCAGCGGUCCUCUUACACGCAUACUGGUUCAUUCACACUACAAGGCCAAACCGAGCACAGCCAGCACGCCAGGCUGGGCCAAGCUGGGCCAAAGAAAAGAAGACUAUGUGGCGACCUUCAAGGGAUCCGAGUUCUUCUGCUACGACCUGUCCUUGAACCCGAUCCAGAGCAGCAGCGACGAGAUCACCCUGUCCUUCAAGACGUUACAGAGGAACGGUCUGAUGCUUCACACGGGGAAGUCUGCAGACUACGUCAACCUGGCCCUGAAAAACGGAGCUGUGUCGCUGGUCAUUAAUUUGGGGUCUGGAGCCUUUGAAGCUCUGGUGGAACCGGUCAAUGGGAAAUUCAAUGACAAUGAUUGGCAUGAUGUCAAAGUUACAAGGAAUCUACGUCAGCACUCAGGCAUUGGACACGCUAUGGUAACUAUAUCCGUGGAUGGGAUACUGACCACCACAGGGUAUACUCAAGAAGACUACACCAUGCUAGGCUCCGACGACUUUUUCUAUGUUGGCGGGAGUCCUAGCACGGCUGACCUGCCUGGAUCACCUGUUAGCAACAACUUUAUGGGUUGUCUGAAAGAGGUUGUGUACAAAAACAACGACGUGCGACUCGAGCUGUCCAGGAUGGCCAAACUGGGUGAUGCCAAGAUGAAGGUUCAUGGCAUCGUGGCUUUCAAAUGUGAGAACGUGGCAACCCUUGACCCCAUCACCUUCGAGACCCCCGAGUCCUUCAUAACUCUCAGCAAAUGGAACGCCAAGAAGACAGGCUCCAUCUCCUUUGACUUCCGUACCACAGAGCCCAGCGGGCUUCUCCUCUUCAGCCACGGCAAGCCCAAACAGGCCCCCAAGGAUUCCAAGAGCCCCCUGACGUUGAAGGUGGACUUCUUUGCCAUCGAGAUGCUGGACGGACACCUGUAUUUACUGCUGGACAUGGGGUCCGGGACCACCAAGACCAGGGCCGUCAACAAGAAGGUCAACGAUGGGGAGUGGUACCACGUAGACUUCCAGCGGGACGGACGAUCAGUAAGUGGUAUGGGCUACUUAAACAGUGUGACCAGCUACAGUACCAUCACAGAUGUGGCCUUGUUCAUGUUACUGACUAGCCCAGCACCGAGAGGUCCCAUCUCCAUCAACACCCGCGCCAGGCUUACACAGCCCCAGGAGAGAGUGAGAUCCUGGACCUGGACGAUAACCUGUACCUGGGAGGCUACCAGAGAAUAA